CUGGAAACUUAAUUGUCGUCAGCUCUUUUAGGCACCGAACAAGACGACUUUAUAGUGCUCAUUUUGGCGAGUAUUUACCUCCUGCUCUUCGUAACUCUUCUCCCGCCUAUCAGUCUCGUCUUGAAGCAUGACAGACCCGGAAAAGCACAGCGGGGCCGAGUCGCCCACGACUGGUCGCGAGCCAGACUUCGAUGACGAUCCUCCUCAGGAUGGUAACAGCUCCGUUCAGCCAGACCACGUUGCGUCGCCAACGCCCAAGGAACCCAAGAAGGUGAGCUUCUCAGAGGAAGAAGCUCCUCCAGCAAAACCACCACGACCAAUGAGUCCCCGAGCGCAAGCCGAAGCCACAUUGAUUGAAGCUUUUCCGUCAAUCGAUUUGAAAGUUAUCAAGGCUGUUCUCACUGCUAGCGGCGGCCAGGUCGAGCCUGCAUUCAAUGCUUUGCUCGGCAUGUCUGAUCCAACCUUUGAGCCUGAACAGCCCCCUCCACAACCCGCGCGCCCGCAGAGAAGACAACAGCCAAUGAGUCAGUUGGAAGCAGAUGAACUGUAUGCACGACAACUGGCGGAGCAGUAUGAUAACGCAGCUGGUGAAUAUGGUCCUCGGGGCAGGGGUCGUCCUCCUCCUGGUGCGAGAAGACAAAGGCCAAAUGAACUUCAUGAAAAUGAAUACAGUUUCUGGGAUGAUGAUUUACCUGAAAUUAAGAAGAACCUUACCAAGGGCUUUCAGGAAACGCAAAAGACGGUCAACAAAUGGAUCUCGGAAUUCAAGAGGCGCCUCGAUGGAGACGAUGAGGAUGAUGAACAUAUUCAACAAGGCCAGUCAAGCGGUCAAUUUCGGCGGCAAAAUUUUGGUCCUUCACAAUCGGAGCAAUUGCGUGGUAUAAACAGGAUGAGUGCACAAGGCAGAAGAAGCGGUGAUAGAGAGCGUUACGAUGCAGAUCCACAAGUUCUGAGUGAUGACUUCAGGGAGCUGCAGAUGGAAGACAACGAGACGCCACCGCGCCGCCCGCCGCGUCCUCAAGCAAAUCCUAAUCUUUUCAAGCCUACACCCGCAGUCCCGACUGGCCCAGUCGAUGAGGUUGAUGCACUGUAUAGUCAGCCAUCUCCUCCACAAGGCAAAGGACCAACCUCCGGAGCUACAUCGGGCGGCAAAAAAUGGCAGCCCUUGACGUCUGUUGCUCCGGCUCCAGUUGGUGAAGAUAAUGACCCUUUCAGUCUGGGCGACUCGGAUGAAGAGGAGGCUAAGAAGACGGACCUGAAGCCCGAGGAUUCGGAACGUUUGAAAAAGUCAGCUUCGAAGAGUGAGAGUAGCAAGCCGGAUGUGCAGCCAGAGGAAGCUGGCAAGGAAGGAACCAAGAAUAAGGAGGCAGAAGAGUUGUUAAAUGCUAGCGGGCAGAAGAAGUAAAUGUUGUUUAUGACUGUUUCUGUACACCGUGAGAGGUUCAGCAAGAUGGAUAUUCAUGUACAUUGUUGAAAUCUCAAUUUUCAGAGCUUGAGUCGGAAGAGAUGCGAAACUUUAAUCUGGGCUUCUAGUAACCUAGGUCCAUCGCACAGGAAACAAGGCAUGAAAUUCUCCAUGACAUGACUAGGUCAUUUCAUGGAAACAAUGUACACGGCCAAUCAGCACCAAUUUAUUGCUCUAGCUGUUAAGCUGUACUCCAUUUGACCGUCUCUGAAAAUAGUGUCCUGAAACCCCUUGGCUCUGACGGCUAAGUUGCGGAAUUACAUGUGGUAAGACCGGAUUCAAUCAUGUAAAAACAAGUUAUAGGUGUCAAGCG